UUAACGAGUUUCCUACCGGACGGGGUUACCGUGCGUGCCAUUAAAGUUAAGUCGGAAGUAUAUUACAGGAAAACCUCACGUGCAGAAGAUGAAAAACACAAAAAACAAUAACCAUGCAUCCAAAAGGGGAAAAUUCAAGCCAGGGUCCAAACGGAGAGAAAAUAAAUGCGUUGUAAUGUUCGACGACAAAGACAGACAAGAUUAUCUUACCGGUUUCCAUAAGCGAAAAGUGGAGAGGAGAAAAGCAGCCGUGGACGAGAUGAGGAAGAAAAUUAAGGAAGAGCAGAAAAGAGUCAGAGAAGAACGGCAUAAGGAAUACGUGAAGAUGCUGCAGGCCAGAGAAGAAGCUCUUGCGGACGCUGAAGAUGACCUGGAAGAUUUAAUAACCAGCAAAACGGAGUCUGUGCAGUAUGACCACCCGAACCACACGGUCACCGUGACGACAAUCAGUGAUCUUGACCUCUCCAGGACGUCUCUCCUGGGCUCUGCUGAAAACCAGGACUUAAAGGCUGAAGGGGACAACGAGGAUAAAAAAGAGGGGGAAGAAGAAAAAGAAGAGAAAACACCUGCCAUGCCUAAGAAAGCCGGAAACCCAAUCAUGACCAAAAAGAUCCGCACCCUGACGGCGGCCCUCAACACUUACACGUGCAAGCGGAAGCGGAAAGGCAAGCAGGAAGGCAGAGGCGGACGGGGCCGGCCCACAGACAGCAGACCCGGUGUCACGGAGAGGAAACGCAGAGGCGGGAAGACCGGGAAGACCGGCAGGUCCCAGCGGCGGAAACGCACCGGGAAGAGGGUUCACCAUCAGGACUAAGGGUGCGCCUUUAAAAGCUUUGUGCGAGGUUCAUCCUCUUUAAAGACACUCGACUUUUUGGGCGGACCUCGGCGUGCUGAGGCCUCUUUGUUGGAGCCGGAUGUAUAUUUGCUGAAGUCAUAAAACAGAGAUGAUGCAGAUAUUUUAUUGUCUGACUUCUCUAAAAAAAAGAUUUCCACUGUUUCUGCCUCUUGAAAUGUCGUGCUCAGUGUUUUUGUAGUGUUCUCGUGUCGUUAUUAUUCACACACCACUGUAAAUACAUACCAUUUGAUUAAAGGAAAUAGUUGUAUUUCUGAAUGCUCUCCUUUUGGAGGAGUGUCACCCCACAGUCGGUGUACUCUCUUUGGAAUUUAGUUCCUC